CGCGACACAAACCGUGUUCGACAACGAUGCGAGUCGGUUUCGUCAUAUAAAUUCGAGAAGCGUCACGUGUUGAUUGGGUCGCUCACGUGACCCCCCACUGGAUGGGCCAAUAGAGUGGCAGAGUUUUUUUUCGGAUCAGAGCGAAAAGAAAAGAGGUGGGUGGGGGGGAGAAAUAAUUUUCCCUUUGCGAUUUUUAAUCCUUCAACAGCGAAAGGGAUCGUCGGCUACUGUAUCCUGCACUGCGGAAAGCUGAUCGGUUGACCGACUCCACCACCACCUCCUCUCUCACGUGACUACACCCCUUCCUUUCACUUCCAACCCCAACAUGGAACCCAUCAAGGUCCAAUCAGAAGGCGGCCUCAACGUGACCCUCACCAUCAGGCUGCUGAUGCAUGGAAAGGAGGUGGGAAGCAUCAUAGGAAAGAAAGGGGAGACUGUGAAGAAAAUGCGCGAAGAUAGUGGCGCCCGCAUCAACAUCUCGGAGGGGAACUGCCCCGAGCGGAUAGUGACCAUCACGGGGCCGACAGAUGCCAUUUUCAAGGCCUUCGCCAUGAUCGCCUACAAGUUUGAAGAGGAUAUAAUCAACUCCAUGAGCAACAGUCCAGCCACAAGUAAGCCACCAGUAACCCUGAGGCUUGUUGUUCCUGCCAGCCAGUGUGGCUCCCUCAUCGGCAAAGGAGGUUCCAAGAUUAAAGAAAUGAGAGAGUCCACCGGAGCUCAGGUCCAGGUGGCAGGCGACAUGUUGCCCAACUCCACCGAGAGAGCAGUGACCAUCUCUGGGGCGCCAGAAGCCAUCAUCCAGUGUGUCAAACAAAUAUGUGUGGUGAUGCUGGAGUCCCCACCGAAAGGUGCCACCAUCCCCUACCGCCCAAAGCCUGCCUCCACCCCUGUCAUUUUUUCAGGUGGCCAGGUAAGAGCAGACCCACUGGGGGCGUCCACAGCCAACCUCAGCCUCUUACUGCAGCACCAGCCACUGCCUGCUUACACUAUCCAAGGACAGUACGCCAUCCCUCAUCCUGAUCAGUUGAGCAAGCUCCACCAGUUGGCUAUGCAGCAAACCCCCUUUACCCCCCUCGGACAGACCACCCCUGCCUUCCCCGCAGCAGGUCUGGAUGCCAGUAACCAGGCCAGUACUCAUGAACUCACCAUUCCCAAUGAUCUAAUAGGCUGCAUAAUCGGACGCCAGGGAACCAAAAUCAACGAGAUCCGUCAGAUGUCUGGGGCGCAGAUCAAAAUUGCUAACGCCAUGGAAGGGUCAUCGGAGCGCCAGAUCACCAUCACAGGGACCCCCGCCAACAUCAGCCUGGCUCAGUACCUCAUUAAUGCAAGGUUCAGAGACGUGGCGGCCAUGUGGAACGACCCAUCAUCCAUGACCACAUCCUGAGAUCCCUGACUGGCUCCUUCGUUUGGCCCUUUCCAAUGACCGACUACCGCAGACAACCCUGAUGAAGCCCCUCGGACUCUGGCUCUGGCUCUCCGAAAACCUUGACCACCUCACCACCCUGGAUGACCCUACAUCAGGGAUGGUUUGGUGCUUGUUUUAAUUUCAGAGAGCCAAAUUAAUUAAAUGAUUUUAAAAAAUAUAUGAAAAACUCUCUGUUGAUUAGGUUUUUUUUUUAGAGAACUGUUAAAGCAUGUUGAAUGUUUAUUAGAAAAACACUUGUGUUUAUUUUUAUUCAGUUUCUCUUCAUUUAUUGCUUUUUCUAAUUAUCUGUCAGUGCUGCGUCAUAGAACAUUUAAAGGUAUUAGCAAAAGACUGAAGAUUUUUGUAGAACGUAGGUAUUUGUAUAUUACAAAACAGCUGCUCAGUGAUGCUAUCGGUAGAGUGCGGGGUGGGAUGUAGUCAAAUGAUUCAAUUUUGAUGAAAUAAUUUCAAAAGUAAAAAAAAAAAAUUGACUUUUCCUUCGCUAAUCUCUGCCCAAGACUCUUUUGCUGCAUCACAUGACCCUUUGAAGCCAAUGGUAUCACUCAUCCAGCCUCCCUUCUCAUGUUAAUUUCCUCUAUUUACAAUAUUGCUUAUAUUGCAUGUGUUCAGUGUCGUGUCGUUGUGUAUUUGAGUAAAAAAAACACUCCGUGUUUGCGCUUCUUCAGAUGUUACUCUUAUAUCUUUGUGCUCCUCUUUCUUUUCCGCAAACUUUUUCAGCAUUUUUGGCCGUUCACGCCCAGUCCUACUCCCUGCCCAGACAGAAAGACUUUCCAGCAUAGCCUCCUUUGGAAACCAAUUAAUAGUAUAUACCGUAGUUGCAUGAAUGGGAAUUAGUGAAAAUCAGUCACCUAAACACUGAUGAAAAAUUUUAAUGAUUGUUUACUAACUUAUUUUUAUUAUGUAUUUGUUUUGUACAAGGACUAUUGUGACUUAACACAUUAGUCGACUACGCGGAGCUCAUGCAAUAGACUAUUCAACACUUUACUCUGGACUGCCUCCGAUGUGGGAGGAUUAGAUGGACUUUCAAGCCAGGUGUUCAUCCAAACUUUUCAGCCUUUUCGGUUAAGUCCGAAGAGGCCUAAAGGUUUGGACAAAGCCCAAUGGUACUUUUGGGGCCAAGGAAUGUUCAGGGGUUCAUUAGUGGGGGGAACCCACAGGGCCUGGGCGGACGUGACCACUCAGUCUCUUUUUCAAGAUUGUUCAUCUCGUCAUGUUUUGUCAUCGUCACGCGGUUGAUUUGACGCUUUAGUUUUGAAUGUCUUUUCAUUGUCACAGCCAUGUCAGCAACUUCAUUGUUUUUUUGUAAAGGACAAGUUGGAUGACAUUUCCUGCUUUGCUGUUUUUUUUUUGUAAAGCCAGGAUGUAUUUAUCUAUGGUGUUGUGAUGCAAAUACUUUUUGUUCACUAAUUACAAUAUUUAAGCUAAGUUGGUUAUGCUGUAUUGUACCUAAUAUGAGAAGGAGGUGUGGAUGAUAUUUGGUAAACUUAGGCAAUUCAACUAUCUUUGGAAUAUGCUACUUGUUUGGGAUGCUCUACAGGUAUUGAACAGCUUGGGCCAUUUUCUUUUUGAGUGUCAGCUAAGCUCAGUUCAAUGUUGAACAAUUCUUGAAUGUUAUUAUUGAAUCACAUUAACUAUGACCAAACACAAACCUUUUGCAUUUACAGUAAAUUCAUACAUACAUACAACAACUCCUGUUUUAUUUCUAGAAGUGAAAUUUAUCCCUAAAGAAAAAAAUUGACAUUUUGGGAUCGUAUGGAUACAUCAAUAGCUGCUAGUUUUCACCUAAAUCAGUGUAACACUAGUAAUGAAAAAAAUAUUUGCUUAUCUGGUUCUGUUACAACAAUAAGCUACCAAAAUCACCUAAUUUCUAUCUAAUUAUUUAACAGGUUGUGUUUUUUUUGUUUUAUUUGGGUUAACUCUUUUUUUUGCUAACUAAUGAUAGGCUAAACAACACCUAGACUUGAGGCCAGAUGUAACUUUGCAUUUUACAAGCUAUUAAAUUUGUUUUUGUGACAAAGCAAGGAUCAGACAAAAUAUCAAUAACUUUCCAAAGUAAUGAAAGCUUGUUAGGCAUAUGCCACUAUUAGAUAGCCAGGAUGGUAAUUAUCUGUGGCUGUGUAAUAGACAGAUAACAUUAUAGUGGUAUAUGAUAUAAUGUUCCUUGUGUUUUACUCGUUUUCUAUUGGCAUUAAAUUUAAAAUUAAUGCUUCUAAAGUAAAAUAAAUGCUUGAUAGUAAGAUGUAACUAUUGGCUAGCCAGCAUGAAAGUUAGCACUGGCUUUGGCUAAACUAGAUUAAACCCAGAAAAGACUCCAUUUCAACACAAAAAAGUUAAUCUAUGUGUUUAAAAGUUUCAUAUUUUGUUGAAUAUAUUUUACUAAGCAUCAGACAGAAUAUUAAUUCAUCUCUAAAGUAACAUGUGU